AUGGGCGGGGCCGCGCGCCCCGCGGGGGUCCUGGAGCUGCGGGUGCUGUCGGCGCGGGGGGGUCCCGGGGGUCCCUGCGGGGGCCCCCCCUCCUGCCGCCUCCUGUUCCGGCUGUGCCUGCGCCCCCCCGGCGGGGGCGGCUGCAGCCUGGGGGUCGCGCAGAGCCCCCCCGGGCCCCCCCCCGCGCCCGGAGCCCCCCGGCUGCUCCGCCUGCCCUUCGCCUUCCCCUGGCCGGGCAGCGUCUCGCUGGUGGUGGAGUCCUGGCGGCUGGAGGAGAGCGGAGCCCCCGGCCCCCCCUUGAGGCUCUUGGGGCGCGCGGUGUCGCGGCCGCGCCUGAGGCCGGGGGGGCCGUGGCGGGGGGGGGCCGGGGGGGGGCUGCGCUUCGGGACCCGCCUGCGCUGCCCCCCCCCCCCCCGCGCCCCCCGCUGCCCCCGCUGCCCCCCCUGCGCCCCCCGACGCUGCUGGAGCCGCUGCUGCGCCCCCCGGGGGUGUCGGGGUCCCUGUGCCCCCCCCAGCGCCUGCGGCGGUGGCGGCGCCUGCUCGGGCCACGGGAGCGGCUGCGACAGCCCGGCGGCACCGGCGGCACCGGCGGCGACCUUGGAAGCCCCGGCGGUGGCCGCGGCCGCGGCUCUGGUGGCCCCGGUGGCCCCGGAGGUGGCCCUAGACCCCCCGGUGGCCGCGGCGGCGGCUCUGGUGGCUCCGGGAGCGGCCCUGGACGCUCCGUCGGUGGCCCCGGUGGCCCCGGUAGAGACCCCCGGAGCCCCGUCCCCGUCCUCGCUGCCGCCGGGACGGCGCCUCCCGGUCCCGGAGCCGCCCCCGGGGGUCCCGGGGGUCCCGGAGCGGCUCCCGGCGGUCUCGGAGCAGCUUCUGGGGGUUCCGGAGGUCCCCGAUGCCUUCCCGAGGGUCCCGCACCCGGUCCCGGUGGCCGCGGAGGUCCCGGAUCCCCUCCCGGGGGUGUCGGAUCAUCCUUCGGGAGUCCCGGAGCCGCUCCCGGGGCUCCCGGAGCCGCUCCCGGGGGUCUCAGAGCAUCUCCCGGUGGUCGCGGAGGUCUCGGAUCCCCACCCGCCGGUGGUCCCGUACCCCCUCCCGGAGGUGCCCCCCUCCCCCUGCGCCCUCGGGCCCUGCUUCAACGGCGGCGCCUGCGCCCCGGACCCCAGGCCCGGGACCCCCGGCAGCCCCCCCGGGAGCCCCGGUUACAGCUGCCGCUGCCCCCCCGGCUUCCGCGGCUCCAACUGCGAGCGCCGGGCGGACCGGUGCGACCCCCAGUACUGCCUGAACGGCGGGCACUGCCGGGACUCGCAGGGGCUGGCCCCGCUCUGCCGCUGCCCCCCGGGAUUUUCGGGGCGCCGCUGCCAGCACAACGCGGACGACUGCAGCCCGAACCCGUGCGCGCACGGGGGCACCUGCCAGGACGGCCCCAACUCCUUCACCUGCUCCUGCACGCUGGGCUUCGGGGGGCCCCGCUGCCGCCGCCGCGCCGGGGCCUGCGCCCCGAACCCGUGCGCGCACGGCGGGACGUGCUUCACGCACUUCUCGGGGCCCGUCUGUGCCUGCGCCCCCGGAUUUAUGGGGGUGCGCUGCGAGGAGGAGGUGGGGGGGCCCCCCCCGGCCCCGCGGCCCCGCCGGGGCGCGGCCCCGCUGGCGCUGUGCGCGCUCCCGCUGCUGCUGCUGGGGCCGGGCGUGGGGCUGGCCGUGGCCAGGAGGCGGCGGGGGGGCGGCAGGUGA